ACGACGCUUUCAGCAAUGCUGGAUAUAUGAAUUCAAGCUUACCGUGGUGCUCCUCUGCCGUGUCCCGUUUCAGUAGGUACUAAUAAUUCAGAUUUGCCGCUCGGGAGGUCUCUGCUUGGUUCAAAAUUUCGAAACCACGCACGCACACGCCAGGUUUGCUGCUCGCUCGCUCGCUCCUCGGCGCGGAGCGGACCGGACCUCGCCGCCGGCCAUGGCGCUGCUCUGCUUCCUCCUCGACCUCCGCAACAUCCCGCCGCCCAUCCUCGGCCUCCUCAAGCAGUGCCUGCUCCACCUCGCCAACCACUACGCCGCCGCCCCCUCGCCGCCCGCGGCCUCCGCCUCCGCCGCCCCGCUCCCGGACCGCCUCGCCCUCUGCUACGUCCACCACGCCGCCGCCGCCCCCUCCGGUUCCUCCUCCCGCUCCCCGCCCGAGCUCAAGAUUGCGUAUAGGCCCGGGGAGAAAUUCAGCCUUCGAGAUUUCCACCAUGCUGUCGAAAACUUGCCUCUGGAUGGCUUCCUUCCUGACCAACAUGGGUCUGUGCCAACUGGAGACGUGUCACUACAAAAUCUGUUUAGCAACAGGGCCAUCUAUUCUUGGGCCACUGAUGACAUCUCCAAGAAAGUGAUUGCAAUAUGUUUUUCUGCACAAAACACGGAACCUCUCCGAAGAUCACUUAUGGAAGCAUCGGAACAGUGUAUUACAGUGGAGUUUGUAAUGUUGGAAACAGAAACUGCUGCGUUCAUGUAUGAUGAUGUUUCUGAAAACUCCAGCAGUUUCAUACACAGAAUCAGUGACCUUGAAAACUGCGUCGUUCGAAGAUACAGUCCUGAGACCCAAGUUUUGCAUGGGCUAGUCAAGAGGUGGUUAGAAGAGCUGAAGGAUGACAAGGAAGAGAUGAUGCAAGCUGUAUUGGUGUUCAGAGCUCCCAUAAUUAAAUCUGUUAAUCAAGUAACUUGCAGCAUAUAUCCAUCAGCAAAUCAGAUCAUUGAUGGUUUUCCAUAUUGUCAGGUAUGCAGGUGCCAUGGUCUCCCCAUAGAUGACGUUACCACAAAUAAGGCAAAAUGGCUGUGCCCAACAACAAGCCGCCAACUUGCAGCUUCUGAUGUUACUGAUAGUGCCGUGAAGAUUGGAGAUCAGACUGUAUUGUUUCUUUCCACUUCAGGAGGUGGGUCAAACAUGCGACGAGCCUCUACAUCCAUUUCUUUCGAUGUGAUUGAGCGCACUGACUUAGCCUCGCUAAAUGAAGGAGUCAUAAUGGGGAAAUCUCAUGUUGUGGUUCCCAGCUCAAAUGAUGAAGUUGCUCUAACUGAUGAGAGCUUGGAUCAGAACACCCAGAUUUUCUAUGGUCUGUGUGAAACUCUUUUCAAGCUCGAUCAGGGACUUGUGUGCUCCUCUGCGUGCAACACUGAAACAAUGAAAAUUGGAACCCUUGCCUGUUAUUAUCUCCUUCAGCCAUCUGAAAAGGGGCCAAUGCUUCUUAGGAGGCUUGCUGGAUCUGAAGAGAUACUGCCUCUCCCGGAUGUGAGUCGACCUCGCAACUAUACUGUUAGCAUGGACGCCAAGAAUUCAAUUGAAACCUCUUUAUCGAAGAUUGCUGUGAAGGAAUACAACCCUCUACACCAUGAAAGAGGUUUCCACUCGAAGCUGAAUUCUCUGGUCAAGGAUAGCCUGCAAUUCGGGUCAAUUGCCCCAGCCUAUGCUGAAGAUGCCACCCACCUUGACUCCUUCAGUGAGCCACAAAUACCAGCAUUGCAGGGUCCCAGGGGAAACAUGUUCAUGAGCCAAAGGGACAAGGCCAGAGACGCCGACCGGAUCUACGCGUUCAGCGAGCCGCAGACGACGACGCCGUUGUUCCGAGCUCCGAAAGACAGGCUCCCGAGCCAGCCCAAGGAGAAGGCGUCGCCCAGCAUCUCGGAGGAGUGGGAGAAGCUCAUCAUCAUCGACGACAAUGACGAUUUCUGCACUCCGGUCUCCUCUUCCAGGGCCACAUUCCCCAGGCCUCCGGUCUCCACGCUGCCGUCUCCGGUGAAGCCACUGGACGAGAAGACCUCGAGGAUCCUGGAGCGGCUGGAGGCCCCCAAGGCCAAGAAGCAGAGGGCCAGCAAGCCGCCCGGUGCCGGCGCCGCGACGGCGUCCGGCCGCGGUGGUGUCAGUAGCACACAGGGGAAGAAGCCGCUGCUGCCGUUUGAGCCCAGCGCUAGCCAGCCACUGAAGCCUACCUUCAACAGGGUACGGCGAAAGCCUGUUCCUUAGCUCCAGUUGACUCUGCUGUGCAGAUUAAUUAAGAACCUUCUACUUCACUAGUUACUUCAUGAGUUCGUCCAGUGUAGCCCUAUAAUGAUAUUCUCAACAUGUUUUUGUUCUGAAUUGUAGUAACUAUGAAGCUCAACAAUAAGUUGGGAAAGGAUGUGCCACGAA